CGUCGCUGCUGCCUCCGUGCACUUCUUCCCUCGCGUCUCGCUGAGUCUAAGGAUGGCGCUGUACAUCGGCGCGUGGCAGGCCUUCGAUAUCGUGCUCUACCUGUACUUCACCGGAUCAAUGCUAACUGUCGACUGGCCCUUCCAACAAAAGGGGUUCGUGGAAGGAAGCAUGUGUUUCGUGCACGAAGACCGAGGCGCGGCGAUCGGCAAGCUGGGGCUCGCGAGAGAAGGGUCGUUGAGUGCGCGGAGGGCCGUUGCGAUAGCCGCCGGGUGUGUGUGAGUUCACCUUCGUUGAUGAUAUGCGGUCGGUUUGCGAGGUGCCAGAUGGCUAAUGGGUAGCUUUAGCGCGGCGUUCUACCUCCUCCUCACCAUCCUGUCUAUCUUCCAGACGUACAGGCGAGUUCGCAAAGCGCAGCAUAGGCGUGCUGCGGACGUAAGGCUGCAGGACCUACAGGCGAGUGGGACGCGCCGACAAGGCGGUGGUGUUGACGAGAGCGAUGCCGCAGCU